CUACAGUUCCCAGAAGACGUUGCGUUUGAGGAGCGUGCUUGCAACCGCAGGGGCAUCGAGCUGAUGAUAGGGAUGUUUCCAUCAUGGCGGCAUCCAUUUCAGGUUAUACUUUUAGUUCUGUGUGUUAUCACAGCGCCAACAGCAACUCAGAUCAUGAGGGCUUCCUAUUAGGAGAUGUAAGACAAGAAGAGACUGUCAGCAUCAGUGACACACAGAUCAGCAGUGCAGAAUUGCUCCAGGUAGUAGAAAUCCAUAACCAUGAUCCUUGUGCACAGUUAUUUAGCUUUUAUGACUACGCAGGGAAACUCAAUGAAGAAAAUCUCAACAGCAUUCUUAAAGAUAGGCGGAAAAACGUCAUUGGUUGGUAUCGGUUCCGGAGAAACACGCAGCAGCAGAUGUCGUUCCGGGAACAGAUCAUCCACAAACAGCUGACUCAGCUGCUUGGUGUUCCCGACCUUGUUUUCCUUCUUUUCAGCUUUAUCUCCACUGCCAACAGCUCCACGCACGCACUGGAGUAUGUGCUCUUCAGACCUAACCGCAGUAGGUUCAACCAGAGGAUCACUCUUACAAUCCCAAACCUUGGCAACACAAGCCAGCAGGAAUACAAAGUCUCCUCAGUGCCCAACACCUCACUCAACUACACCCAGGUCAUCAAAGAGCAUGGAGCUGAAUUCUUUGACAAAGAUGGUGUGAUGAAGGAUAUCCGAACAAUAUUCCAAGUCUACAGUGCACUACAAGAUAAAGUGCAGGCUGUGUGUGGGGAGGUAGAACAAAGUGAACGUGUGAGGGAGAAAAUUCAAGAGGAUGUGAACAAACUCAAACAACAAAUUGCUCUCAGGAAACACAAGACGGCAGAAGAGGAGAAAAGGCUCUGUGCGGCCCAAAAUGCAGACUCCCAUCCCACUCCAGAGGAGAACACAGAACCUUCUGAGGCUUCCCCUCUGUCCAGGAUAACCUUCCACACACCCUCUGCUCCAGAGCGGCCCAGUACCUCACCUAACCCACCAUCUUAUUCUGACCUCUUGUCCCAGGAUGACUCUCUGCUCUCCUCUUCUUCCCCACCUACCAGUGCUGCUCUACUGCCCCGGCCCCAAGCUGUGGGCUCUCCAGGACACCCUACCCCUGGCCCACUGGGGAUGGGCCCCGGGUUAGGCCUGGGCCUUGGUGCCAGUUCUAAUCCUGUUACCACUCCCAGCACCCCGUACCUUGGCAAUGGUGACGGAUCAAGCUCUGACUCGUUGGACAGGCAAGCUGCAGGGCAAGAAGAUGACGAAGAUGACGAGGACGAAGAUGAGGACAGUAGCGAAUAUGAGAACUUAGUGAGUGAAGCCGGUCAUCCGCCAAUGGUCUCUGCCAGCGUUUUAGCACAAGGCCGACCAGCUGCCCUCAGUCCGGAUGGGGAUGCUCGUGGAUCUCAGACCACAUAGAAACAUGCCACAGGGUGUGUAUGGGACACAAAUAAGUGACGCACCUUAAGAGGUGGACAUCUCAAGCAAUCAAAGAUAGACAAAUAUAUACAAAAGAAGUGCCAGUCCUGAAAGUGAAAGGCAUGCACAUGUUUCUUGUCUUAGUCUGAUCUCCAUUUUAAGGGGAAACUUUGCUUGGCUUUGCAGGCUUAACCGUUGUGUCUCACUGGGGGUAAAGAAAGGGUUUUCAUUUUCCUUUCUGGAAUGGGGUCCGUCUGGGUACUUCAGUGUGGAUGUUUCAGCUCCCUAAAAGACAGGCCCUGCUUCAUGCUUAAUAUAUCUUUUUGUUUCACAUUUGCACCACCCACUCUUGCACUAUUUUUUUGCCUUCUUUUAAACAAACCAUCUAAGAAAAGCAAAGGGAGAAUAGUCUGCGGCCUUCGAACAAUUUUUAAAAAGAAGUAGGCAAAUGGUUAAGUUUUUAUUUUUUUAUUUGAAAAAGAGAUAUUUAUGAAACUAGAAUUUCUUUAACAUGCACAUUUCUCUCAUUUGAUUUUGGACUUAUUAGAUAUUCUUUUCCAUGUUCCACAGUCUUUAAUUAAUCAUACAGUUGACUAUUGAAAUGAUGAAGAAUAGAUUUCAAUCUAAAUUUGCUCUGCCACUUCUAUGGGUGCUUUACAUAUACUUAUAUAUUUUGUCAGAUUAAUAGUUGAUCUAAUUUGAUUGACAAGAAUGUCAAUGUCUUGUUCCACUUGGUUAACACUGAAAUUGUAUGCGCUUUACUGCACUAAGCAAAAUUUAAGUUUUCUUUAUUAUUGUGCUAUACCAAUGCUGUCAUGUUGCGCCACUCGAGUAGUCCUCUUCGACCACCCUGAGCCAAACUCAGCUCAGCUUUUGUUUGUUGUAUGGGGCUCACAGGGCGAACAAUAUGUGCUGUAGCUUUACUAACCAGAUGCUUAAGGUUCCUUCUGCUGCUGCAACACAGAGAGCUACCACUAAAAUACUGCAUCUGUCUGUUCUUCUUCAUAUAAAACCCCGGCUGCUAUUUCCACUUCACAGUGCUGGUUGUCUCCAGUGCUACCGACCGUGAUCAUAUAACCACUCAAGCUCACUUCUCACUGACUUGUUCUCUAUUAAAGUCAAAAUGGAAGGCCGAUACCCCCUGUAGUGUGUGUGUGAAUUGUAACCUUGGGAACAGAGAGCGAGCAAUCAUCUGCCUGUCUUGGCAUAGUCGACAGCAGACCUCGUGUAUUCUGACCUGGUUGGGUCGAUGUUACUGUAUAUGUAUGUGUAUGGACCUGGAUAAUGUGAUGAAAACCUUGUGACCUUGCUUCAGUAUACAGUGCCUUCCACUCGGGGCAGUUUCUAAAUGCACACAGAACACAUUCACAGAUCUCUCUUGAGGGGUUUAACAAACUGCGUUGUGUUUGCAAUAAUCGGCUUCCAGCUUUUUUUUUAAAAGUCCUGCAGGUAAAUGACUCCCAUUCCAUGGUGUGGUGUUAUGUCUACCUGAAACAGUCUUCACUGCUUCCUAAAGCUUUUUUUUUUUUUCACUGACAACUUCUGAGUGGAUCUGCAUCUCAUGGUUGCAGCUGUGACGUCGCUUGGUUUAUUAUUCGAAACUGGAAUUAUAACUGUAAAGUCAGAGAGAAUCUGCUUAGUUACUGAUACUUCCUGCAAUGCAGAGGUGGUAUGAUGAGCAUGACUGACAUGCAGAAUACUUUCUUAAAACAUCUUGGCCUGUUUGAAGACAACUUAGUAACAAGGUGGGGAUUGAUUGGGUGCUGGAUGUAGGACACCCUCCUUGCAUGAACCGGUCGAUUCUAGACACUUGUAUUCAGCAUGGACAGACAUUUGCACUGCAAAUGAAGGACGUUGCACUCACAAAUGAAGACCUUUUGUGGUGGGAGAAGCUCUGUAUUUUUUUUAUUUUUUACACAGCCUGUUUGUAUGUCAUGGUUUUUGCCUCAUUUUAUUUGCCCUGAUGUGUAUUGUCAAUGCAUCACUUAUCGGGGACUGGCACUCAAAAUGUUACGUAAUAAUCACCCAGAGUAACACAAUCACAUAAUGUUAAAAUAAAUGACAAAAUCAGUUCGGUAGGAAUAUUGUUUCCUUUAAGUACUGGAAUAUAAUAAGGAAAUAUAUAAUGAAUGUAUAGUAGACAAGGGGUGGGGGUAUCAUUUAAACAGCACUUACUGUAUAAGCUUGUCUCAGUUGAGUGUUGUGGUGGUAUAGAGCAGCAGUUCUCAAUAUUGGUCCUCAAUCUUAAUCCUUAACCUCAGUCCCUAGAUGAUUGCUUUUUAAGUCUUUCUAUCUGGCAUCCCCAGGUGUAACCCUGACUUGAUUGCCAGAAUGAAAACCAGCAGGGCUCUGAUGCUGAGGGGACUAACAUUGUUAGGAUCCUAUAUACCUUUCAAGUUCCAUCUAAGUAGAAAUGUACACUCAUAUACUCUUACUGUAGGGGGUGACCCUUUCCUUCCUUCCCUGAGUAUGCCAUUGCAACAUCAACACCUCCCUGACAGCACAAAGUCCAGUGCACAGCUUCAAAUUUCUCAGCUUUUAUCUGGACAUGUGUACUUGACGAAAGUAGACCAGAGCUUGCUUGGACGAGCACGGAGAAUAUUGUUCUUAUAAGUGGGGGACAAUAAAUGAGAUAUGUGAUAUGA